AUGCCUUUAUUUGAAACUAUUAAACAUACAUAUAAACAUUUAUGGUCAGAUAUUUCAACAGCAAGUUGGAGAAAAUAUCCAUCACCAGAAAGACCAGAUGUAUUAAGUGUAGAUAUGUUGUCAAAAGAAUUUGACCCAGCAACAGGUGUUUUAAAAUGUACCAGAUUAAUUAUUUGCAAGAAUAACACUCCAUCAUGGUUAACAAAAAUAUUUGGAAGUGGAGAGUGUUUCUUUUAUGAAGAGAGCACAGUCGACCCAAAAAAUAAAGUAAUGACAUUAAGAACAAGAAAUUUAAAUUUUACCAAUUUAUUAGGUGUCGACGAAGUAUGCACAUACACACCACAUCCAGAAAACAACGAAUGGACAUUAUUUACACAAGAAGCUACAGUUAGUUCACAAAUUUUUGGUGUUGCACGUAAAGUUGAGUCUUUUUGUUUAGAUCGUUUUGUUUCAAAUGCAGGUAAAGGUCGUAAAAUUAUGGAAGAUUCAAUUAUAAAGGUUAAAAAAGAAGCUGAAGAAUCAAUAGCAUCAAUUGAUAAAACUUUUACAAAUAUAAAGCACGAAACAGAAUUAAGUUUUAACAAAAUUAUUAAAGAGGCCGAGGAAAGUUUAGAUAAAGUUUUACCAAUUGUUAAAUUAGAUGAAUCAAAAAAUAAUAAAAAUAAUAAUAACCAAAAUAAUAAUAAUAAUAAUAAUAAUAAUAAUAAUAACAAUAAUAAUAAAAAAUAA